GCUGGAGCUGAUACGUGUCCCGAGUGCACUAUCCUAGAGCCGGUCGAUUCGUGUCAGACUCUAGAUUCCGCGCCGGUCAGCCGAUCUGGCCCGCUUAGCUACAACACUCACGAGCGAAUUGGGGGUUGGGGGGGUUCCACUCUCGCUACAUAUAUGGUCGAUGUGCAGUGGUGCAGUGACGCUAACAGUGACCACGGAGGCAUGUUCUCUUCUUGGACUCGAGUUAUCUUCCCACGGAUGACAAAUAAGCAGGCAGGCGAGGACCACUUCCCGGCCGGCCUGCUGCUCUGCAAAGAUGUCGACGACCGGACUUCCGACCAUAGUCCCGCCUGCACCGAAGGCCAGCCCUGCUACCGGAAGGACUGGUUCACGUGCAAGGCCUUAGAUGGCUCAAAGUGCAAAGGUCUCGAUAACGCCGCGCUCACGUCUGUUACACGUUUGCUCCGGACGGGUACAAGGUCAGCCCUAGAUCAAGCUUCCCUCAAACUUUACCUCAAACCACACUCUGUUCUCUUUCAAGUGGGAUUUAUUCCAGACCCGGCAGAUUUACUUGACUUGCGCCGACAUUGCCAUCAUAUCCUAGGUGAUCAAGUCCUCAAGGUAUGUGACGUCAGCCGCAGGAACGUGCGGUUUGUGGAAGUGGAGAACGUGUAUAUGAUGUUUAAUUGGUGA